CCUGUUCGGAGACCCCGUACGGGCGAGUAGGUGCGCGGUCAGGAGGAGGAGGAGGAGGAGGAGGUGGCGGCGGCGGCGGCGACGACGAGGACGAGGACGAGGACGAGGACGAGGACGAGGACGAGUGCUGGUCGGUCCGUGAGUGUGAGGGCUCCUCGGCAGCAUGGCGGGGCUGAGUGUGCAAGGGGAGCGGAGCUGCUGCUGCCGCCGCCGCCGCCGCCACCACCACCACCACCACCACCACCACCAGCGCGCCCAAUGGGUAAAGUUGUUGCUGGGCGUCCUGCAGCUCCUUUUACCGAGUUUUCGACAGGGGACGUCUGCCGUACAAGCACUUGCUGAAAUGUCCAAUGUAGUAGAGCUUUGGCCAGCAGAAGAGGGAGAUGUGUUACUUCCUAAUCAGGCUACUUCUGAGCAGAGUGUAGAUGAGCUGCCUCUGGAACAAAGCUCUGCAAAUGGGCCUUGUACAAGCACAUUACAUUUUAAACCUCGACUGUUGGAUUUUGGUUUACAGCCAGUCGGGCAGCCAAGGAUUAAAGAAUUUUUUAUACAGAACCCAAGCUGGGAAUUGCCAGUCGUAUUGGUUUCAGUGUUUACAUUGAGUAGGCAUUUCCAUCUGCCACCUGUAGAUAGCAUGAUAAUUCCAGCAGGAGGAAAUAUUAUUCUAAGAGUUGUCUUUCUGCCCACUGAAGAAGGAACUGUACAAAAUUCUUUAUUUAUAAACACCUCUACCCAUGGGACUCUUUCAUAUCAGAUGAUUGGUGUUGGAGUUCGCAAUCCUGAGCUGGUAGUGGACAAUCAACAUUACUCAGAUGACAAACUCAUCUUUUUUCCACACAUUCAAAAUAUUCAGUGUAGCCUGCUGUCUGGUCACCUUCAGAACAUGAUGUUCUAAGAAACUCUUUGGCUACAGGACAGGGAGAAAACUUCAAAUUGCACGCUCUCAGAACUAAGUUUUGAACUUGCUCUACCUUUACAGAGCUAUAAAGAUUUCCAG